AUGACGGUCAAGUGUCUGCGCCUCGUCAGAUCCGGUUCGUCUCUGCCGACGGGCAACCCCAGACCAAGCGUCGAAGAGUCAACGCCGCGCGCAAAAUUCGAUGCUCGGGCGAGCAACCAGGUAAAUGAGAUAAGGAUGCGCCGGGGAACUGGCCUUGAGAAUCCCUCCGCUUACGCCAUCGCGACAGUGUGUAAGACUUGCUUUGAGAACAAGCACGCGUGCCUCGGAUACAAUGAUACACCAUCGCAUCCUCGAGCGUCGGCGGAUCUUGCAGCACGGUCUGAGGCAGUCCCCUCUGGCCCCCAAAGUAAGGCUCAGCGCCAAUCUACAGCCGCCAAAAGCUGUUCGCCGGAACCCAGCCGAAUCAAGGCACCUGAAGGCGUGCCUGAUCGGUCCUCUCGUACAAGCAAGGUUGUCUCGACAUCUCCUGCGAACAAAGAUGUGGAUGCCAUCGACAUGGGCAAGAGUCCAGAAAGCGGCCGGACAUCCAUGGGUUCAAGCAGCUGUACACACGUACCGUACUUUCGCUAUUUUGGUCCGACUGCAAUCGUGCCAGGUUUCAAGCAAAUGGUUGUUCAAGUUCGAGGUUCGCGGAAGAGUAAUGCUUCCAUGUCGUCAGAGUCGAUGUCUCCACUGCGAAGCCCAAAGCAGCCCCACAAAGUGGUGUCCACUAUGGAGACAACACUUGCCCCACGGGUUGAUAGCGACACCAACACAAUCCCAUUCUAUGACCGAGAUGACAUUCUGCCUGUGUCAAAUUUGGUGUCACACUUGUGUGACUUAUUUUUCACCCAUUUGGGUUGCAAUUUUCCAUUCCUACAACGAGAUCGCUUUCUUUCAGAUUUGGGAGGUAAAAAAGUCGAGUCGAUGUUGGUUGACGCUGUAUGUGCUCUUGCGGCCCGGUUUUCUCAGCAUCCAUUACUUGGCCAUCCGCAGGCGCCCUCGAUUGAUGGCUCCGAGCCACCAGUAAAUGCAGAUCUUUUUGACCGAGGAUUGCCUUUCGCGCAUCGAGCCAUGAAUGCGCUUGUGGACGCGCUCUCCUGUCCGACACUAUCAGCCGUUCAAGCGUGUCUUUUGCUGGCAUACGAGCAGUUCGGGUCCAACCACGACAGUGGUCUUUGGAUGUAUCUUGGAAUUGCCAUUCGUAUGGCCCAAGACCUGGGCUUGCAAAAGAUACAGGGGCUCAAAUACAACUACGGUCAAAGGGGGGUGACCCCCAGUGCCGUUAUGACAGGCCAUGCAGGUCAUCUCACAGAGGAGCAAUACGAUGAUUGGAGCUCUGAAUCAAGCGCUGAUGCAGCGUCGCCGUCUAUGAAUGCUGAACGUGCCCAUGAACGGGAGAGAGUAGACUCGUUCUGGAGUAUCUUCUUCCUCGACCGCGUCAUUUCCUCUGGAACAGGCCGACCAGUCACUUUGCGCGAUGAAGACAUAGAGUUAUGCUUCCCCCUCCAGUCAGAGUCUCGGCUACCUAAUGGAUGGCCGGCACCUUUUCCCCCUCUCAUUCGUAUAAUCCAUCUGUAUGGCAGGGUAACUGAUCUGAUCAAUGGCAUUCGGCACACAAACAACGUCACUGCGGACAUGCUCAAGCGUUUGGCCAACAUGGAAAGCGACUUGACCGGCAUUUAUCAACGAUUGUCUCCUCGCCUCCAUUUCAAUGCGGCUAAUUUCCAAACAUACGUCAAGGCUAAGGAAGGAACUAAUUUCAUUCUUCUGCAUUUUUGGUUCCACACCUUGAUUGUCCUUCUUCAUCAGCCUACUCUGCUCCACUCUUUCGGUGGCUCAAUACAGCAUCUCUACCCAAAUAGUCGAGAACUCUCAAUGUCAUCGGCCAAGACGAUUGCCGACAUACUAUCCUUUUCAGAGUUAGUAGAUGGAAAGAGCUUUAUUGGCAACCCUUUCACCAGUCAGCCAAUGUACAUUGCAGCAUGUGCCUUCUUGAUGGAGAGCGCGUAUUACUCGUCACCUUCGUCACGAGCAGCCUCGCCUGCACGCACUCAAGCUCUGCUUACUGGAAAGUCCAGUGAGUUCACAGCACCUUCGUGGGAAGCUCCGUUGAUUCCCCAGCGCAACUCAGCAGCGAAACAUACCCUCUUGGCGACGGCCGCGAAAGAGAAUUACCAGCGCUGUUACAAAGCCCUUCAAGCUCUCGACAUGUAUUGGAAAGGCACAAGGUACAUUCUGACUGUGCUCGACCAAAAGGCCAAAGGCAUUGUUGAUCCACUUCUCUACACCGCCGAGGAAAUGGAACAUACUGUGGAAACAGCCUCGCCCGAGCAUGCCGGAUCCGACCCAGGAAAAGCAAGAAACCCCUGUCAUCUUUCACCAGAAACCCGCGGGGUAUCGCACAGGCUUGGUGAUAACACUAGCCAGCAUCCGGCGUCCAAUAUCGAUUCAUCUCAGGCGAUUGGCUGGGCUUUGACCGGAGCAACCAAUUCAUCACAGCCGAAUCUCAGUUUACUCUAUCAAACGCCGUCUAAUCAAGUCGAAUCGGCGUCUGGAAGAACCCUUGGUGAUUCCCAGUACAACCAUGGCUUCGUUUCAGCCAGAGCGGAUCAGUCCACGUCCAGCCUGCCUGCAUCUCACGGACAUAUCGGGUCGACUUGGUCACGAAACAACCCCUCGGGUUACUUUCAAGGAAUGGACUCGGUGUAUGCCGCAUCAACUGAGCCAUCUUCAACGUCUCGCUAUAGUGCUUCUAUGCCAGUCACGCAAAUCCCAGGCAAUGGCUACCCUUUGCCUAGCCCACAACUCCAGCAAGCACAAGAAUCCUUUCACAAUCAUAGCCCUCGUGCCGGUCUUACUGCGCGGGAUACUCAAAAAGACUCGAUGAUCAUCGAAAGUCAUGAAGUUGACAUGAAUGAUCUACAGCAGCAAGAGUCGUUUCCAUUUACAAGCAGUGAAAUCCUGCCGUGGCUAGAAUAUCUUCCACAGGAUGUUCUCAGCUUCUUCGGUGAUGCGCAGAGUUAUCCGAAUGAUGGUCUGUGA